AUAAAUACAUGAAAAUAAUAAAUAGGGAAAGGCAAAUGCUUGACCGGUGAGCCGAUUAGCGAGAAGAACAGAGUUUUUGGAAGAAUUUUCAUGUCCAUCUUGCCCAACCAAGACCAAGGAUCUAUAUCAUCGUCUACCUCUUCAGCUCCCUCUAUAAACCCUAACUCCCAACAUGGACACCGCCAUCACCACGUUUCCCUUUCUCAAUCCCAAUCCCAGUCGCUGUCUCCGCCGGAUCCCUCCCGCCAAAUUCUCCAAUUUGGAUCGCUUCGGAUCUCCGACUCUCAAUCUAGCUCCUCCGCUACUUCUUCAGGCCUGUCGCCAUCGGCACCAGCUGCAGAAGAUUCUGGUGGAUCUUCCCAGCAGGUGACUGAGUUAGGGAUACCUUGGGGUAACCAGGCUUUACCCAAUAACCUCCACCACACACAUUCACAGUGUCACUCUGGUGGAGGUGGACGAGGGGUUGGAUCACCCUGGUCUAGAGGGAAAAGGUCAGGAACCGAUGGUUCUAGUUCAACUCAACAUAGUAUGGGGUCUGUUGCUUCUCAUGGAAACUCCACUCAUCAAACAGGAAAGAAAACCCAGCUGAUGAAUGGCAACCACUUGUUGAAUUUUUAUUAUGACCCCAUAUCUCGUCCUCAGCAUAGAGCUGCUCCUCCUUCUUCAAGAAGGCAACACAAGAGGAAGCCAUACAACAAAGAUCUAUUUCUUCAGGCUAACUACAAAUUCGUAGUGUUAGAUUCAGUAAACUACUCAGCUGAAGCGAUGGAUCCAGAUAAGGUGUUACAGUGGGAGGACAUCAUUUGCGUGAGAUAUUCCACCCCAACUGUGGUUCAGUGUCCCAUUUGUCUGGAAUAUCCUCUAUGUCCGCAGAUAACCUCAUGUGGACAUAUCUUCUGUUUCCCAUGUAUUCUGCAAUACUUGUUGAUGGGGAAGGAGGAUCAUAAAGGAGACUGUUGGAAAAGUUGCCCAUUGUGUUUUGUGAUGAUAUCCCCGAAGGAUUUAUACACUCUAUUCGUGGAGAAUGUUAAGCAGUAUUGUGUUGGUGAUACUAUAGAGUUUAUGCUUAUUAGUCGACAAAAGGAUUCAUUUACUUUAUCCCAUAAAAGUAAACAAGAGAAAGGUGCUGUUGGAGGUUGCGAUGAUGAAAGCUAUGAUCCAUUUUCAAAGUUUACAUUUACUUCAGAUGUAGAUCUUUCAGUCAGAAAAGCAAUAUCAGAGUUAGAUGGUUGGUUGGUCAGGGCAGAGUCGGGGCUUGUUGAUGACCUAGAGAAGCUUCCAUAUGUAUGUGCUGCAAUGGAACAAUUAGAACAGAGGAAGAAAUAUUGGAACGAGCACGGGGCUAGCAACAGUAAUAAAUCUUGUAAAUAUAAUAAUCAUAAUACUGGUUCCAUCUUGUCAACUGAAAAAGCUACAAUUGGUAACAAUGAAGCAUCUACAUUUGGACAGGCAAAUCCGUCCAAUGAAGUCUAUGACGGUAAUGUGUGUUCGGACAGUAUAUCUGUGGAGAAGUCAGAUGAUGGAACUUGUUCUGACCAAUCUGUGGAUGCAGCUGAAUCAUUGGAAGGCCAAGAAAAUGUUUUUUCUUCUUCAUAUGAUGAAAGCAACAGUGCCCGAGGGGACUCACAUGACUCUGGAAGUGUAAAGGAGAAGGAAUCAUACAAUUUCUACCAGGCAGCUGAUGGUCAGCACAUCAUUAUUCAUCCGUUGAACAUGAAAUGCCUUCUACACCACUAUGGGAGCCAUGAUAUGCUACCACACAGGGUAAGUGGAAAAAUUUUGCAAUUGGAGACUGUGACUCAGACAGAAGCUAUGAGGAGGCGCUACCGCUACUUGAGUCAUUUUUCUUUAACAACAAUACUCCAGUUUUGUGAGAUUGAUCUCAGUGAGGUAUUGUCUCCUGAUGCGUUGUCUCCCUUUAUGGAAGACAUAAAGAAGCGUGAACAGAAAAGGAAGCAACUUGCUAGGAAGGAGCAAAAGGAGAAAAUGAAGGCUGAAUCUACCAUGGCAUAUCCCAUCCCCAUAGUAGCAGGUUAUGGGCAAUCCUUGCAUGAGGGAUCCCCUACAUUUUCCAUGGAUGACUUCGAGGCUUUGGGAAGUAGUACAGUGACAUCAUCAAGCCCUCCUGUUGUUGGGGAAAGGAAGCUCUUCUCGAGUGUUACAAAGCUUGGUUUUGCUGCUGCGCAUGAUUCUCCAGCGCUGAAACUAGAAGGAAGCAAUUCUCUGAAUGGCAAUGAUGCAGGGAGAGUCUUUCCCAAGACAAAUGCAGCAGGUACCCAGAAUGCGGGUGUUGCGUCAUUUGCUAAUAUAAUCGCCAGAGCUAAGCCUGGUGAAAAUAUGGAUCCACCCAUGAUAAAUGAUUCGGGAAAGAAGGGAAAGAAACAGAGUCGAGUCCUUUUGUCAACCGCUAGUGGUCGGCGCUACUGAUAUCUAGUGAAAAUCUCGUGAACGAUAAUGGUGUCGUCUUGUAUCUAUUAACCUUUGAUGGCACAAAAGCUUGUGAAUGUGUGAUCAAUAUGUAGAUGGGGUAGAUGUAAAAAAAUAAGAGCCAUUACCGAAGUCCUCCGCCUCUUUUCUUGUGUUUGUUUUUGUAUUUUUUUCUAGCUAAUACAGAGACUCAAUAAAUGGUACGACUUAUAUGGAAGGGCUUCUUACAUUGUUCUUAA